UUAUGAAGCUAUUUCAUGUGUUCUACUACAUUUUUUUUAGGUUUUGGAACUACAGAAUACACUACUUCAGAAUUUUCUACACCACUUGAUACCAUUUCUACUUCAGAUUCACCAUCUACAACUUUCACCGGGACACUUCCUACUUUAUCAACAGGACAGACGUCUUCAACAUUUUCUACACCAGUUGAUACUGUUUCCACUUCAACUUCACCAUCUACAUCUUUCACCGGGACACUUCCUACUUUAUCAACAGGACAGACGUCUUCAACAUUUUCUACACCAGUUGGUACCGUUUCCACUUCAAAUUCACCAUCUACAUCUUUCACCGGGACACUUCCUACUUUAUCAAUAGGGCAGACGUCUUCAACAUUUUCUACACCAGUUGAUACCGUUUCCACUUCAAAUUCACCAUCUACAUCUUUCACCGGGACACUUCCUACUUUAUCAACAGGACAGACGUCUUCAACAUUUUCUACACCAGUUGGUACCGUUUCCACUUCAAAUUCACCAUCUACAUCUUUCACUGGGACACUUCCUACUUUAUCAACAGGACAGACAUCUUCAACAUUUUCUACACCAGUUGAUACCAUUUCUACUUCAGAUUCACCAUCUACAUCUUUCACCGGGACACUUCCUACUUUAUCAACAGGACAGCCGUCUUCAGCAUUUUCUACACCAGUUGAUACCGUUUCUACUUCAGAUUCACCAUCUACAACUUUCACCGGGACACUUCCUACUUUAUCAACAGGGCAGACAUCUUCAACAUUUUCUACACCAGUUGAUACUGUUUCCACUUCAAAUUCACCAUCUACAUCUUUCACUGGGACACUUCCUACUUUAUCAACAGGACAGACGUCUUCAACAUUUUCUACACCGGUUGAUACCGUUUCCACUUCAAAUUCACCAUCUACAUCUUUCACCGGGACACUUCCUACUUUAUCAACAGGACAGACGUCUACAGGAUUUUCUACACCAGUUGAUACCGUUUCCACUUCAAAUUCACCAUCUACAUCUUUCACCGGGACACUUCCUACUUUAUCAACAGGGCAGACGUCUUCAACAUUUUCUACACCAGUUGAAACCGUUUCCACUUCAAAUUCACCAUCUACAUCUUUCACCGGGACACUUCCUACUUUAUCAACAGGACAGACAUCUUCAACAUUUUCUACACCAGUUGAUACCAUUUCCACUUCAAAUUCACCAUCUACAUCUUUCACUGGGACACUUCCUACUUUAUCAACAGGACAGAUGUCUUCAACAUUUUCUACACCAGUUGAUACCGUUUCUACUUCAGAUUCACCAUCUACAUCUUUCACCGGGACACUUCCUACUUUAUCAACAGGACAGACGUCUUCAGCAUUUUCUACACCAGUUGAUACCGUUUCUACUUCAGAUUCACCAUCUACAUCUUUCACUGGGACACUUGCUACUUUAUCAACAGGGCAGACAUCUUCAAAAUUUUCUACACCAGUUGAUACUGUUUCCACUUCAAAUUCACCAUCUCCAUCUUUCACCGGGACACUUCCUACUUUAUCAACAGGACAGACGUCUUCAACAUUUUCUACACCAGUUGAUACCGUUUCCACUUCAAAUUCACCAUCUACAUCUUUCACUGGGACACUUGCUACUUUAUCAACAGGGCAGACAUCUUCAACAUUUUCUACACCAGUUGAUACUGUUUCCACUUCAAAUUCACCAUCUACAUCUUUCACCGGGACACUUCCUACUUUAUCAACAGGACAGACGUCUUCAACAUUUUCUACACCAGUUGAUACCGUUUCCACUUCAAAUUCACCAUCUACAUCUUUCACUGGGACACUUCCUACUUUAUCAACAGGACAGAUGUCUUCAACAUUUUCUACACCAGUUGAUACCGUUUCUACUUCAGAUUCACCAUCUACAUCUUUCACCGGGACACUUCCUACUUUAUCAACAGGACAGACGUCUUCAACAUUUUCUACACCAGUUGAUACCGUUUCCACUUCAAAUUCACCAUCUACAUCUUUCACCGGGACACUUGCUACUUUAUCAACAGGGCAGACAUCUUCAACAUUUUCUACACCAGUUGAUACUGUUUCCACUUCAAAUUCACCAUCUACAUCUUUCACCGGGACACUUCCUACUUUAUCAACAGGACAGACGUCUUCAACAUUUUCUACACCAGUUGAUACCGUUUCCACUUCAAAUUCACCAUCUACAUCUUUCACCGGGACACUUCCUACUUUAUCAACAGGACAGACGUCUUCAGCAUUUUCUAUACCAGUUGAUACCAUUUCCACUUCAAAUUCACCAUCUACAUCUUUCACUGGGACACUUCCUACUUUAUCAACAGGACAGAUGUCUUCAACAUUUUCUACACCAGUUGAUACCGUUUCUACUUCAGAUUCACCAUCUACAUCUUUCACCGGGACACUUCCUACUUUAUCAACAGGACAGACGUCUUCAACAUUUUCUACACCAGUUGAUACCGUUUCCACUUUAAAUUCACCAUCUACAUCUUUCACCGGGACACUUCCUACUUUAUCAACAGGACAGACGUCUUCAACAUUUUCUACACCAGUUGAUACCGUUUCCACUUCAAAUUCACCAUCUAUAUCUUUCACCGGGACACUUCCUACUUUAUCAACAGGACAGAUGUCUUCAACAUUUUCUACACCAGUUGAUACCGUUUCCACUUCAAAUUCACCAUCUACAUCUUUCACCGGGACACUUCCUACUUUAUCAACAGGACAGACGUCUUCAACAUUUUCUACACCAGUUGGUACCGUUUCCACUUCAAAUUCACCAUCUACAUCUUUCACCGGGACACUUCCUACUUUAUCAACAGGACAGACGUCUUCAGGAUUUUCUACACCAGUUGAUACCGUUUCCACUUCAAAUUCACCAUCUACAUCUUUCACUGGGACACUUCCUACUUUAUCAACAGGACAGACGUCUUCAACAUUUUCUACACCAGUUUAUACCGUUUCUACUUCAGAUUCACCAUCUACAUCUUUCACCGGGACACUUCCUACUUUAUCAACAGGACAGACGUCUUCAGCAUUUUCUACACCAGUUGAUACCGUUUCUACUUCAGAUUCACCAUCUACAACUUUCACUGGGACACUUCCUACUUUAUCAACAGGGCAGACAUCUUCAACAUUUUCUACACCAGUUGAUACUCUUUCCACUUCAAAUUCACCAUCUACAUCUUUCACCGGGACACCUCCUACUUUAUCAACAGGACAGACGUCUUCAACAUUUUCUACACCAGUUGGUACCGUUUCCACUUCAAAUUCACCAUCUACAUCUUUCACCGGGACACUUCCUACUUUAUCAACAGGACAGACAUCUUCAGCAUUUUCUACACCAGUUGGUACUGUUUCUACUUCAGGUUCACCAUCUACAUCUUUCACUGGGACACUUGCUACUUUAACAACAGGACAGACAUCUUCAGCAUUUUCUAUUCCAGUUGGUACCGUUUCUACUUCAGGUUCACAAUAUACAUCUAUCACUGGGACACUUGCUACUUUAUCAACAGGACAGACGUCUUCAGCAUUUUCUAAGCCAGUUGGUACAGUUUCUACUUCAGAUUCACUAUCUACAUCUUUCACCGGGACACUUGCUACUUUAUCAACAGGACAGACAUCUUCAACAUUUUCUACACCAGUUGAUACUCUUUCCACUUCAAAUUCACCAUCUACAUCUUUCACCGGGACACCUCCUACUUUAUCAACAGGACAGACGUCUUCAACAUUUUCUACACCAGUUGGUACCGUUUCCACUUCAAAUUCACCAUCUACAUCUAUCACUGGGACACUUCCUACUUUAUCAACAGGACAGACGUCUUCAGCAUUUUCUACACCAGUUAGUACCAUUUCUACUUCAGGUUCACCAUCUACAUCUUUCACUGGGACACUUGCUACUUUAUCAACAGGACAGACAUCUUCAGCAUUUUCUACACCAGUUGGUACUGUUUCUACUUCAGGUUCACCAUCUACAUCUAUCACUGGGACACUUGCUACUUUAUCAACAGGACAGACGUCUUCAGCAUUUUCUAAGCCAGUUGGUACAGUUUCUACUUCAGAUUCACUAUCUACAUCUUUCACCGGGACACUUGCUACUUUAUCAACAGGACAGACAUCUUCAGCAUUUUCUACACCAGUUGGUACUGUUUCUACUUCAGGUUCACCAUCUACAUCUUUCACUGGGACACUUGCUACUUUAACAACAGGACAGACAUCUUCAGCAUUUUCUAUUCCAGUUGGUACCGUUUCUACUUUAGGUACACCAUCUACAUCUUUCACUGGGACACUUGCUACUUUAUCAACAGGACAGACAUCUUCAGCAUUUUCUACACCAGUUGGUACCGUUUCUACUUCAGGUACACCAUCUACAUCUUUCACUGGGACACUUGCUACUUUAUCAACAGGACAGACAUCUUCAGCAUUUUCUACACCAGUUGGUACCGUUUCUACUUCAGGUUCACCAUCUACAUCUAUCACUGAGACACUUGCUACUUUAUCAACAGGACAGACGUCUUCAGCGAUUUCUAUGCCAGUUGAUAAUUUUUCAACUUCAAAUCCAUCAUCUACAUCAUUCACAGAGACAUCUGCUACUUUAUCAGCAGGGAACCAAUCGUCACAAACUUUGACACCUAUUGUCACCACUUCUACUUCAAAUCCACCAUCCACAUCAUCCAUAGGGACAUCUAUUUCCUUGUCAACAGGACAGCAAUCUACAGCAUCUUCGAAACCAGUAAGCACAACACCUCUCACUGUAACAGAAGGCAACUGCGAAAAUGGUGUCUCUUAUUAUAAUGGGAAGUGCCAAUGCCAAGGAAACUUCUAUGGAACCAAUUGUGAAUUUGUUGCAAGUGAGAUCGCAAAAACUGACAUCACUCUAAGGGCAAAAAUAAUCGUUAAAAUCGAUGAAACUUUUGAUACAGGGUAUGCAGACCACAACUCCGAAAAAUUUAAAACAUUUAAAAAUCGCUUUGAGCUUCAGAUGAAAGACUUCUACAAAAAUGUUUGGCCAAAGGCUGUGGAAAUCUUUAUAUUAAAAAUUAGCCAAGGAAGUAUUAAUGUAGAGCAUGAGAUUCUCUUUCCAUCUACUUUCCGAAACAUCAAACAGGAUCAACGAACCUUUGAAGAGAAUCUGAUGGCUCAACUAAAUCAAACUAAUUGCACAAAUAAUCCGUCAACAGAUAACAAUGCAAUCUGCUUCGAUUUAACAGAUUUAACAACAGACUUGGAUCUAACAGCAAUGUGUUCAAAAGUUCUUAACAUUACCGAUGAAUUAAAAAACUAUUAUUAUGGUAUAAAUGGAACUACUGAACUUUUAUGUGUUACCAACUGCAGCAAAUUAAACCCUAACAACAUGAACUGCAUCCAUGGACAGUGUUCUGUUUCAAAUAAGGGACCCCAUUGCUACUGUGAGAUAUCAGACGAGUACUGGUACACGGGGGAUCUAUGCAAUACAGUUGUUAGUAAAGCUGGAGUCAUCGCUGGAGUCACUGUUGGUCUGGUUGUCCUGCUUAUCUUAAUUGUAAUUCUGGUGUACUUCUCACGUAGACGUUGUUAUCGCACCAACUCAUUCAAGCCACUGAUACCAGAACUGCAACGCUAUGGGAAAACCUCUCGUUACUGAAUUAUUAAUUCAAAACAGACCAGAGCAUGGAAGACCUAACACAGGUAUUUAUGACUCUUUGUAGUAAAUAUCCACAUGGAAAUUUGCAGUGUACCAGUAAACACCAUCUUCCAGAAAAUGGAGACCUUACCUCAUCAAAUGGCAAACAAACUGUGAAGAACACACUUCAAAAUUAAAAUUUGUAAAAGUGAAUUAAGAGGACCUUCAAACAAACCUUUUUUACUAGCAUUUCCUCUAACUAUACAUUUUUUAAUCAAUAUACCAGCACUAACCUUAAAAAAGAAAAAUCAGCAAUGUGACUAAAGAAUUUAAUCAGAAAUUUGUACUAUUAUAGCCUAAAGUGUAAGAAAUUUAAAUUCAAAAUAUAUUAUGUGUAAUAAAACAGGAAUUAAUACAACUGCACUUGUUAACGUAUAAAAACUAUUAUUUAUUUUGUUUCAUAUCAUACAGAUUUAAAAGUUUGUUCCUAUUUAAGAUGCACUGUCAUUGCAGAAUUUUCUAUUUUUCUAUUAAAAUUAAUGCUAAAAGA